UGCACUUUUCAUGGGGUUCUUUAAUUUGGGCUUAAUAGAUCCGACCCAUUGUCUCAAAAGUCCAGGAUAUAGCCCAAGUUCCUUUCCCGAUGUGCGACUCGCAACCGUUUAGAUGGGGGACUUGACUUCCCAGGUUAUUUUAGACUUUUCAGUACUCAAAUCUCCUCCCUACCCGCCAAUUUCCCUCACUUCUGAUCUCUCUUUCUGUGAAGAAGGGAACAAUGUCUACCGGUCUUGUUGUUCUCUUUCUCUGUAUUCUCAUCUCCACACUCAUUACGCAGACAAGAAGUCUUGCAGUCCCUCGAGAACUCCGCAACUUCUCUCAGAAUCUCAUUCCUUUUCACACCCCGUCUCUAUCACCGCCUUCUUCAAUCUCUCCAUCGCCACCAUCAAACCUGCCAUUAACCGGUCGCUUAGUGCCCGCUCUCUUCAUCAUCGGCGAUUCCUCUGUUGACUGCGGCACCAAUAAUUACCUUGGUACCUUUGCUCGUGCUGACCGCCCUCCUUAUGGUAGAGAUUUUGACACACACAAGCCCACUGGAAGGUUUUCCAAUGGCAGAAUCCCUGUUGAUUAUCUGGCAUUGCGCCUUGGACUUCCCUUGGUACCAAGUUAUCUUGGGCAGAUGGGAACUGUUGAAGAUAUGAUUCAUGGAGUGAAUUAUGCAUCUGCUGGUGCUGGAAUAAUAUUCUCAAGUGGAUCAGAGUUGGGUCAAAGAAUCUCCUUCACCCAACAAAUUCAGCAGUUUUCAGAUACCUUACAGUCAUUUAUCUUAGGCUUGGGGGAGGAUACUGCAUACGACCUCAUCUCCAACUCCAUCUUUUAUAUCUCGAUAGGAAUCAAUGAUUACAUACAUUACUAUCUCCGCAAUGUAUCCAAUGUACAAAAUUUGUACCUCCCAUGGAGUUUCAGCCAGUUCCUAGCAUCAACAGUAAGGCAUGAAAUUAAGAAUUUGUACCAUAUGAGUGCGAGGAAAGUGGUGGUCAUGGGACUAGCACCAAUUGGUUGUGCUCCUCACUACUUGUGGAGGCACAACAGCAAGAAUGGAGAGUGUAUCACAGAGAUAAAUGACAUGAUUAUGGAGUACAACUUUUUCAUGAGAUACAUGAUUGAGGAGCUUGGUCAGGAGCUUCCUGAUGCAAAGCUCACUUUCUGUGACCUGUAUGAAGGUUCCAUGGAUAUAAUUAAGAAUCAUGAUCGUUAUGGUUUUAAUGUGACUACUGAUGCUUGCUGUGGGUUAGGCAAGUACAAGGGUUGGAUCAUGUGCAUUGCGCCAGAAAUGGCUUGCAGGAAUGCUUCCAAUCAUAUCUGGUGGGACCAGUACCAUCCAACUGAUGGGGUGAAUGCCAUUUUGGCAGACAAUGUGUGGAACGGCUUGCACGCGAAAAUGUGCUAUCCCAUGAACCUGAAGGACAUGGUUGAUCCUGAGUUGAAAUAAUUUGAGUGCAGAAGCUUUAAACAUGCUGAAUUCUUCAUUUGUUCGCUUAACCCUGGAGUUUUACGUUUGCCUAUUCUUUGUGUGUAACAUCCAUGUAAUUCUCAAGACUGGAUUGUGCAAUUUGGUGAUAUAGGUAUCUUUUACUUGUUGA